AUGUCCCACUACAUCGAAGCCCGUCGCGAUGAUGAGCGCUUCACCGCGCGGCUGGAGGAGGUGAACAGGGAGAUGGACGGUCUUCUUCUCAAGACGUCACGCACGCGGCACGAGCUUGACUGCUCGGCUGCGGAGGUCCACAUGGGAGUGCCGUUGAACUUUCAUCCGCACAAUGUUCCUGGCCGCGUCCACCUCGCCCCGUCGGAUCCCACCGGUGGCCUGCCCGGGCCGCUACCGGCGCGAGAUGAUCUCGCCCGAAAUUUAGUGCUCGCUGAGCUCUCCCAGUGGUCGCGCUCGCAUCUUCCGAGCCUCGUUGCCCGGGUCGUCGAGGACCAGGUGCAGCAGCAGCUGCUGAGCCUGCGAGACAGUGUAGAAGUCCGCGCCCGCCAAGCCAAAGUGGAGAAGGCAGCGAGGGACGCGGCCGAGCAGGUGCGCGUGCACCGAGCAGAUAUGCAUGCUGCCUUUUUGGCCGUGCAGGAGGAGACGCAGCGCGCCAUGGAGGAGCAUCAGCGAACGGUAAAGCGCCAACUCGCGGCGUGGGGUGAGGAGUUGAGGCGUGUGCAAGAGGACGUGCUAGCACAGAAGCAGCAGAACGCCAACACCGGUGAUCGGCAGGAACAACGGAUCAGUGAGGCUCUUCAGCGGCAGCAGGCUCACGUGCAGGAGACGUUUGAGACGCUGGAGCACGAGCUGCAGCGUUGGCGGCAGACGACGAGCCGAGCGGUCCAUAAGGAGGCAGAAGAGCUGCGUGCGCAGCAUCACGCACUCGGGAAUCAUGUGGCACAGAUACAGGGGAUGAUGACAAGUACGGCAGACAUGGUGGCCCACUGCACGGCAGAGAUGCAGCGCUUAAUGGAUCACGCGGUGAGCCGCAGCAGCGAAGUCCGCGUCUGUCGGCGUGAUGUGAACCGACUUGAGAUGCUCGUGCGAUGCUAUGCGCUCCAGACAGUGUUGCCUACGGGUGGUACAGGCAGCAGCGGCGCCAACGACAAGAGCACAGCGUCAUCUGCCGCCCCCGUGGUGUUGAAUAGGCUCACCCAAGAGAUGGCUCGAUUCUCGGACUCGCUGCACGCGAUUGCGAGCCGCAUCAAUUACCUGGACUGUGACGUCCGACAGCUCGAGAUGGCGGUUGCGCGCGGCACUACGGCUAGCUGUGGACAAGGCAGCUAUCACGGCAGCAUGCGAGUCAUGGAUGAGGAGAGCUUGUACGGUCGAAAAUGUUCCUCUACGCGUCGUCCCAGCUACAGCCACCUUUCGAACGUCACGGAACUGCACGGGCAUCUCGUCUCCGGCGGCUUCGCCAGCCCGCCCUCGCCGUUCGGGUACAAUGAGAAUGUCAACGUGAAUCCCACUCGCAGCGGUGCCGCCGCAAACAAGUUCAGCGCCACGUGUGUUCCUCCGGUCUCCUCAACGCAGCCGGUCGGUGCGGGGGGUGCACCGGGAAGGAGACAUUCUGGCGCUGCUGGCCUCGGUGUGCAGCCGUCCCUCACACCCCUCAUGUCUGCUUCGCCGUCGCCCGCGACGCGUCAGCUACCGAGGUCUCGCCUCAGCAGCAGCAACUCGCGCUUCGAGGGUGAAGCCUGUGAUUCCCAUCCAAUGCCUGCGGUGGUGGGCGAGGUGCACUCGGCGCCUAACGCGGAGGCCAAGGACGUGAUCCUGCGAAGUGCGGCGGUUGAAGCCGGUUUGCAGCCACCGCCGCAGCACCGCGCCACGCCGGGAGGCAUCAUCCUAGUCGAAACAGGCGAGAGCGACACUCGGCGAGUUGUUGUGGCCAAGCCGACGGCGGCAAAGUCUGUUGUGCACAGUAGGUCUCUCCCUGACGUUUCGGUGGACGCGUCGCAAAUUGUGAGAGAAGACGCACUGCAUUCACUGACCCACCAGCGCAACGUUUCUUCAUGCUCCGCCUCUACACUUUCCGCAGGCAACGUGGAUGCCACUUUCCUGGUCAAAAGACCUCGCUCAUCCCUUGCAGAUAGCGAAGCAGUCUCAGUAGCCGAGGAGGAUGCUUUUCUGAAGCACAGCGACUCAGACCACGCGGAAAGUCCGGUCGUGGCGACGCCGCACUCACCAGUGGAUUCGUAUGUGAGCGACACCCGAGAAGUAGCGCAGUACACACCCGCCCAAGCCAACGACUCGGAGAGCGAGCGUGACAAUCAAGUGAUCGUCCGCUCCGCCCUCGACUAG